AGCAGGAAUCUGUGAAUGGCGUCAGAUGGAUGAGCUGCGGGCUGAUGUAUGAUGUUUGAUCUGCACCUCGGCGGAUGUGGUUGUUCUUCGACGUGACUGGAUUGUAAACGGGGGAAGCGAUGGAGGCGGAAGCUGUUCGCGCUCCGGACCAGCUGAAUAAAUUCGAGCGACUGACAGGGAGGCCCCCGCAGAGGCUAGCAGGUCAACGUACUCCCCCAGCCCGCAGUGGGCAUCGCUGUGUCGCAGACAACACUAACCUGUAUGUAUUUGGAGGCUACAACCCUGACUACGAUGAGUCAGGAGGCUCAGAUAAUGAAGACUACCCACUGUUCAGGGAGCUGUGGAAGUACCACUUUGCCACAGGCUGCUGGCAGCAGAUCCGAACAGAAGGCUACAUGCCCACAGAGCUGGCGUCUAUGUCAGCUGUUUUGCAUGGCAACAACCUCCUGGUGUUCGGAGGCACUGGGAUCCCCUUUGGUGAGAAUAAUGGCAACGACGUUCACGUUUGUAACGUGAAGUACAAGCGAUGGUCCCUGCUCAACUGCCGUGGGAAGAAGCCAAACAGAAUCUAUGGACAGGCAAUGGUCAUAAUAAACGGCUUCCUGUACUUGUUUGGAGGGACAACGGGGUACAUCUAUAGCACAGACCUGCACAGGCUGGACCUGACCACCAGGGAGUGGAUCCACCUCAAGCCCAACAACCCUCCAGACGACCUGCCCGAGGAACGGUACAGACAUGAAAUAGCUCAUGACGGACAGAGGAUCUACAUUCUGGGAGGAGGCACUUCCUGGACAUCUUAUCCUCUAGACAAGGUGCAUGCAUACAAUCUCGAGACCAAUUCCUGGGAGGAGAUUACCACUAAACCUCAUGACAAAAUAGGGUACCCUGCUCCUCGGAGAUGCCAUAGCUGUGUGCAAAUACGAAACGAUGUAUUUAUCUGUGGAGGCUACAACGGGGAGUUGAUAUUGGCAGAUCUGUGGAAGAUCAACCUGCAGACUUUUCAGUGGAGUAAACUACCAGCAAUGAUGCCUGAGCCGGCCUACUUCCACUGUGCUGCUGUCACCCCGGCUGGCUGCAUGUACAUCCAUGGUGGCGUGGUGAACAUUCAUGAGAACAAGAGGACUGGCUCUCUGUUUAAGAUCUGGCUUGCGGUGCCCAGCCUGCUGGAGCUCUGCUGGGAGAAGCUCCUCAAGGCGUAUCCCCACCUGGCCACUUUCUCCACCAUCCAGCUGCUGAACCUGGGCUUGACACAGGAAUUAAUCGAACGCUUGAAAUGAGCCGCACAGCGGAAUGCAGACAGAGGAAUGGAUGGCCUGGGCUGGACUGGGAGGAGACGAGGUGUGACAGAGCACAGAAGAUAAAAUUCACAGCAACAUUUCCUCGGGAAUCGCCCUCUCGCUCCCGUGCCUGACGUAGCCCCGCCUUAAAACCAAAAACAAUGGGAUGCCUUUUUUCGUUUAUUUUUUCUGUUCUUAGGUUUUUCGCAGUUCCAGUGAUGACGAAGAAAAUAGACGCGGAAUGUUUUAUUCCUUACAUGAUGCCUUUGUGUCAAGCUACGUACGAACUCCCGCCCCCUCAUCAGCCAAACCGUGACUGCUGGAAAUACUUUAUUUUGCCCCGUCAUGUUUUCAAAGACUGCCCUCUCCCAAUUUUUUAAUCCUACUUCUCUAGUACUUUUACGAAUUAUGUGGAAAAGAAGAAUGCAUGUAUAUAUUUAUUUGAAGGACAAAAAUCAGUUUUGGGGGAAUCACCUGAAAUUGCUGUUUGCACAUGUUGUAUUGCAUAUUUGUAGACAUUUACUUUUUUAAAAAGGAGGUUUCAGUCUAAGUGGCAGAGAGUGUUUUUGCACGUUUUAGUCAAUUUGUCUGUAUGGUAUGAAAAUCAACUUCCAGAAGUUUGAAACUUCAAUCACCGACUUCCCCUGCAUUACUUUGAACUCAUUUUAAAUAACAAAUGUUUUCACGGUCAGGGAUUACAAUCUAAAAUUUCAAGUAUUUUCAUGUUGUAUGAAUGUAAACAAGUGUUUUCCUGGAUUUAAGGAACAACUUAAUAAGUUACUUGUAGUAAAUUGGCUAAAACGUGUUAAGAAAAAGUGAAAAUCUGGUUUUACCAAUGACUGAGCCCUUCUAUUUUCCAUCAUACAUCUUGUUACAGAGAAUCAUCCACAAAAAAAAAGAUCGAAGGUGGGUAUCUUCAAUAAUAAUGAACUUUCCAUCCCGUUUGCUUGCAGCUCUCAUUUGUAAACCAAACCAUGCAACACAUCACUGUGAAUCUGGUGCUCUUCAAAAAUUAACUUAAAUGCUUUUAUUCAAAUAAAGACUUGCUGUUGUUCCAUUCA